CGGAAUUCCGGGCCGGCUGCGGACAUGGCGGCCAGCCUGUGGAUGGGCGAUCAUCGCGUAGCCAAACCCGCGUGGGCUCUGGAACCCGGACUGAGGAGCCUGCUUGCUGGCUGGCCUGAAUCGCUCUGCUCUUGUAUUUACGCAGCUGGAGCCCUACAUGGAUGAGAAUUUCAUCUCCAGAGCCUUUGCCACCAUGGGGGAGACCGUAAUGAGCGUCAAAAUUAUCCGAAACCGCCUCACUGGAAUCCCAGCUGGCUACUGUUUUGUAGAAUUCGCAGAUUUGGCCACAGCCGAGAAGUGUUUGCAUAAAAUUAAUGGGAAACCCCUUCCCGGAGCCACACCUGCAAAACGUUUUAAACUGAACUAUGCCACUUAUGGGAAACAACCAGAUAACAGCCCUGAGUACUCCCUGUUUGUGGGGGACCUGACCCCAGACGUGGAUGACGGCAUGCUGUAUGAAUUCUUCGUCAAAGUCUACCCCUCCUGUCGGGGAGGCAAGGUGGUUUUGGACCAGACAGGCGUGUCUAAGGGCUAUGGUUUCGUGAAAUUCACAGAUGAACUGGAACAGAAGCGAGCUCUGACUGAGUGCCAGGGAGCAGUUGGCUUAGGGUCUAAACCAGUUCGGCUGAGUGUGGCAAUCCCCAAAGCGAGCCGCGUGAAACCAGUGGAAUAUAGUCAGAUGUAUAGUUACAGCUACAACCAGUAUUAUCAGCAGUACCAGAACUACUAUGCCCAGUGGGGCUAUGACCAGAACACAGGCAGCUACAGCUACAGCUACCCCCAGUAUGGCUACACACAGAGCACCAUGCAGACAUACGAAGAAGUCGGGGACGACGCACUGGAAGACCCCAUGCCGCAGUUGGAUGUGACGGAGGCCAACAAGGAGUUCAUGGAGCAGAGUGAGGAGCUGUAUGAUGCACUGAUGGACUGUCACUGGCAGCCCCUGGACACAGUCUCUUCAGAGAUCCCUGCCAUGAUGUAGUCAGGACAAAGGACAAACAAACGGACUGUGUGAUGGAGAUAAGAGACUCCUUUUUAACAAAAGUAUUGGAAGAACUUUUACCUUUUUGGAAACGUUUUGUAAGAUUUUAGUAACCAACUA